AUGCUCCCCAGAUGGCAGAGGUACCUCAGGGCUGCCACAUAUGAGUACAGGUCAAAAGCAACAGGGUUGCGGACCGAUCAGCGUUCGAGAGGUCAUUUGCAAAGACGCUGGUUCGCUACGCCGGUCGACAUCACCACAAAUGCAGACCAAGAUUCGAGUGAUCCCAGGGGAAAGGUGGUGAUUCUCGGUAGUGGUUGGGCAGGUUAUGUCCUGGGCCGCCAGCUGGACAAGCGAAAAUACCGCGUCGUCAUCGUCUCUCCUCGCUCCUACUUUGUCUUCACGCCCCUCCUCAACGACACCACCGUUGGCACCCUCGAAUUCCGAAACGUGCUCGAGUCUGUGAGAAAGAAAAAAAGUGGCUUGGAGUACAUCCAGGGCUGGGCAGACGACGUCAACUUUGCGGACAGGACUGUUACCAUUGAACCUUCAGUCCUGGACCCAGAUGUAGGCCACGCACUGACCGGACCGAGGAAACCCAAUGAGCAGCAGACGGCCAGCGGGUUUGCUCCAAGAGAUGCCUUCCCUCAUGGACCGUGGGAAAAGGAGGUGCAAAUGGGCGGGACUGGCUCAAGUCAAGUUCCUACGUUUCCCAUACACUACGAUAAGUUGAUCAUUGCAGUUGGUACCUAUAGUCAGACGUUCGGCACCAAGGGCGUGAGAGAGAAUGCAUGGUUUCUAAAAGAUGUACGGGAUGCAGUUGCCAUACGUCGCCGCAUCCUGGAGUUAUUUGAACUCGCGAAAUUGCCCAUCCUGCCCGAAGACACCAAGAAGCAUCUCUUGCACUUUGCGGUUGUUGGCGGUGGUCCGACGGGCAUGGAAUUUGCAGCCUGCCUGUCGGAUCUGCUGAGAGAUGAUCUUUCUAAGAUCUACCCUGAGCUGAUGAAAUACGUUCGCAUCUCUCUCUACGACGUCGCACCCAAAGUCCUCCCCAUGUUCGAUGCCUCACUCGCCGACUACGCCGUAAAGCAGUACAGACGCCACAACAUUGAAAUCAAAACCUCUCACCACGUCGAAGAACUCCGCAAGGGGUUCCCCAAUGACGAAAAAGCCCGUCAGGACCAAGCCAGUCAAGUCAAGGGACGAGUCUACACGAUCCAUAUCAAAGAAGAAGGCGACGUCGGCAUUGGCAUGUGCGUGUGGUCCACGGGGAACAUGAACAACCCGUUUGUUGCCAAAGCGCUCUCUCAUGUGCGUCGAUUCCCGACGGAGUCGGCACAAAUCACUCAGGGGAAAGUGACCAACCCGAUGCAACGGCAGUGGAUCAUCCAACGAGAUGCCAAAAGCGGCGUCAUCUUGGUAGACGACCACUUUCGCGUGCAUCUUACGACAGAGUGCGCCGAGGGGAUGAAGGAGGACGAAAAGCCCAAGGCGUACAUGAAAGAUGUCUUUGCAUUAGGAGACACCACCAAGCUGAUGUCCGGCGCCCUGCCAGCGACGGCGCAAGUCGCGAAUCAGCAGGCCCUCUGGCUCGGGAAGACGUUGAACAAGCACUCUUCCCCUGACGAGUUUGGCAAGGAGCAAGGCUUUACGUUCAGGAACCUGGGGGUCUUGACGUAUGUCGGAGGAGCCAAGGCCAUUCUUCAGGGAGGGAACGGGAACGGUGGCGGUGCCGCCAACAGGGUCAAAGGGCUGGCCGCGUACCUCAUCUGGCGAGGUGCUUAUCUCACGAUGACGCUGAGUUGGAGGAACAAGUUCCUUGUCCUUGUGCAAUGGGUGACUGUCAAGGUGUUUGGGAGGGAUCUCAGUCGGUUCUGA